GCACUUUCUCCUGUGACACGCAGAGAAAAUUUGCAUUUCAAAACAGUAGAAAUUCAGGGGAAAUUCCUUACAAUCAUGUCCAACCCCCGAAUCGUGCUGCUGUUCUCGGGCAAACGGAAAUGUGGCAAAGAUUACCUCACGGAACGGCUGCUGCAGAGACUGACCCCGGACCGGGCCCAGAUCGUGCGCAUCUCGGAACCGAUCAAGCGCUGCUGGGCGGACAAACUGGGGUUGGACCUGGGCGAGCUUCUCGGCGAUGGUCCGUACAAGGAACGCUACCGCCGGGAGAUGAUCGAGUGGAGUGAUGGGCGGCGGGCCGAGGAUUACGGGUUCUUUUGUCGGGCGGCCUGUUCCGAGGGGGUUGUGGCCGCGCGGGAGGUUUGCAUCGUGAGUGACGUGCGCCGCAAGACGGACGUUCGGUUCUUCCGGGAAACGUUUGGCGAGCGGGUGCGCACGGUCCGGAUUGUGGCCGGGGAGGAAACGCGAACCGAGCGCGGGUGGAAGUUCCAGCAGGGCGUGGACGACGUGCAGUCCGAGUGCGAUCUGGACGACGUGACGGAGUGGGAUCUGCUGGUGGAGAACGAGGCAGGGGCGGAUGUGGAGGGAAUUUUGGCGAGGAUCGAAGCGUUGCUUUGAAGUUAGGACAAGAAUUUUUGAGGUGGCGGUUCUUUCAAAGACUGAAUUUGAAAAGAUUUCUAUUUUUUUCUCGCUAGGUAGGUUAGACUUUUCUAAAAAUUGUAUUUAUUUUCCACGCUUCUCGUUUUAUCUUAUAACAUAAAUACUACAAACUGUAUGCAAAUGAA